UACACCUAAAAUGAAUAAAACAAUCUUACAAGAAUUUUUUCACCGCCAUAUUGGCAUGCCUUGCGAUAUAAACAAAUAUAACCUUCGUUUACUACUAACCAAAGUUGCUAAUAAUGUCUCUGAUCACAUUUGUUCUUUUAUUGUGUAAUGUACAGAGUAAAUAAAGUGAAAUAAAGGCUUCGAUCGCUUCCGAUUUACGAAAACGACAUUAUUAUUUGGGAAAUAAAUUACGAUCCGUCCAUUUCCUACGGUAUAAUUUAUUCAAACCAUGGCUGACGAGGAUGACGGAAAGGAAUAUCGGUGGGAAACAGGAUAUGAGAAAACAUGGGAGGCGAUCAAGGAAGACGACGAUGGCUUGUUGGAAGGGGCGGUGGCAGACAUUAUUCAAAGAGCGAAGAGGAAACGUCAGUCGGAAAGACAUGGCGGUGCAAGGCUGGGAAUGAUGAGACAUCUUUACAUUGUUCUAGACUGUUCCGAAGCUAUGUCUAAUCAGGAUUUGAAACCAACGAGAUUACGAUGUUCUGUAAAACUUUUGGAAGAUUUCAUUGAUGAAUUCUUUGAUCAAAAUCCUAUAAGUCAAUUAGGUUUGAUAAUAACGAGAAAUAAACGGGCUGAGAAAUUGAGCGAACUUGCCGGAAACCCAAAGAAACACAUCAAGGAAUUGAAGGGCUUGCAUCUUACAGCUCUGACGGGUGAACCAUCGAUUCAAAACUCUCUAGAACUGGCACUAAAAUCCCUGAAAUUGCUGCCGUCGCAUGCAAGUAGGGAAAUUCUUGUGCUGAUGGGUUCGCUAACUACUUGUGACCCAGGGGAUAUUAACACUACGAUUGAAAUUUUGAAAUCUGAAGGAGUGCGCUGUAGUGUGAUAGGAUUAGCUGCUGAAUUGCAUAUCUGUAAACGUUUGGCUACCACGACUGGUGGCGAUCACGGAGUUGUUUUGGAUGACAAGCAUUUCAAAGAACAAUUGAGCAUUCAUGUAGAUCCACCAGCAGCUGCUACCAGAUUAGACUCGGCUCUGGUGAAGAUGGGUUUCCCUCAUCAUGCAUUGCAUUCAACCACUGAAACCCCAAUGACGAUGUGCAUGUGCCACGUUGAAAGUUCAGAAGAAGACAGUAAACUUGUGACGACUGGAUACUUAUGUCCACAAUGUCUGAGUAAACAUUGCGAAUUACCAGUCGAAUGUCGAGCAUGUGGACUGACCCUUGUAUCAGCUCCACAUUUGGCUCGUUCUUAUCACCAUUUAUUUCCGGUUGAAAACUAUAAAGAAGUAACUUACGAAGGUUCUCCUUCCAUAUGCUACGGGUGUAGAAGAGUCCUUACUCAAUUAGACAAGAAGGUAUACAUGUGCGGUAAAUGCCAGCAAGGCUUUUGUUUGGACUGUGAAAUUUUUAUUCACGAAACACUCCACACCUGUCCUGGAUGUGCAACGAAUCCUGAUACGUUUCAGAUAUCUUCAGAGAAGAUUUCAAUCAAUUAGAG